AUGUUUUCACCUGUGAAGUAUCAUGCAAUUGAUUAUUCUUAUGAGAGACUGGCAAAACAGCGACUUGCCUUUCAGUGGUUAUCAAUUCACAUCCCUUUCAGUUUAUACCAGGAUAUACAUUACUAUCAUGAUGGAAGCUUGGCUGAUAAUAAAUAUAGGACACCCUGGACAAGAGCUUCAACUGAUUCCACUGUGAUGAAUAUUUCAGUGCCUGAUAUUUUGAAAAAGUGUCUGUUCACUGAAGAUUUCUUAGAAAAGAAACCCAUUUCAAAUACUGUCUUCCAUACUCCUAGUGAAGUUGAAAUUAUUCCAAGUUCAAAUCCUUGUUCACAAUUCAGUAUAGAGGAAGCUUAUAUGCUUAUGAAACUUGACAUGGGGGAACUGACUGAUAGACAUCAUUUGCAGUUGGAUUAUGUUCCAGUUGCACUUAAAGAGCAAGAAGGUUUAUAUAUUGAAGAAGAACUUGUUUUCACUGAUAAUUUGACACAGUCUACUAAAUGCCUACCUACUCUGCAAACGCUCUUGAGUCGACUAAAUAUUUUCCAAGUGCAAGAUCCUCUUUUAAAUUUUAAAGGUGACAGUUUCAUAGAAGAGGACAUCUUCAGGGAGUGCUUUACUUUUAAAAGGAGUGUGACACCUCAAGAAAAAGGGAUGGAAUUAAGUGAAGAUUUCUGCAAAGUUUCUUUAAAGGAUGAAGAGAUUCCUUUACUUCCAAUUCAGUUUCAGUUCUAUGAAGCAACAAACUCAAGGCUGGAUAUGGAGAUUCUCACAUGUUUAGCCCUAAAAUCUUUAUUACAAAUAACUCCAGAAAUUUUGGAAGAUGAAAAUGAAUGUCUCAGAAUAACUAAUGAAAAACUUAGCAUGACAGUUACACCUGAGAUAAUAGAGAGUUCAAAACAUUGCUCCACUCAAGAAGUUUGUUUUAGUCAGAACAAAGAUCUACCAGAAUUCAACAAUCCAAUAAGUUAUGUUGGAGAACUGGAGGUGCCAUUAACUCCUCCAUGUAGGAAAGAAAAUAUGCACUUGAAUUCAUUGAAAGUCUAUUUAAAAUCAGAACCACUUUCUCCCAUUAACAAAAGUGAUUUCAUUACAGAAUCUACUUUAGACUCUUUGGAAGGGCUGAUAUGGCAGUCAGAGAAAUACCAGCAUCCUAUGUCUUCACUUUUCCUAACAGAACCUCAGAACGUUAUUGCUGUAUGCCGACAGUUUUCAGUCACAGAAUUGAAGACAAAGUUGUCUAUACAUGAAAAUACCAUGGUUACCAGUCCCUUGGAAGAAGAUGAAUGGAUUAAUUUAAGAGAAAACUUGACUGUGUCAUGUGUCUUAGAAGCACUGAGCAUAGAUGUAAAUGAUGAGGAGAGACUUGAUAAUAUGAAUAUUGAAGAUUUUUCAAAAAUUACUAACUUCCAGUUAGAUCAAUGGCUUGAUGAGAAGAGUUCCUUUUGUGACAGCAACAUGAAGAUCUUUAGUAUCCCUGAUUGUACUGGGACAAAGGAUUCUUGUUCUCCUAAAAAAAAGGAGACUUUUUCUUCACUACCACUGGGACCUACAUCACUACAGUAUAGUACUUCUAUAAUAGACCACAAUGUACCUGCUGAAAAUCCAGUCAAGGAAACCAAAUUACAAAAUGAAAUCGAACAACCAAUGAAUAUUGGAAACCAUGAAGAAGAAAAAUAUGAUCAACUAGUCAGUUGCAAGAAAGUGUCUACCUCAGCAAAUAGUACAUUAACAAACAAAAAGUCAGGUCUACCGGAACAGCCUAGAAAAUGUAAAGAUGACUUCGACCUUUUGAGUAAUUUUAUCAUGCUGAGAUCUAAACAGGUGAUCACCCAAAGUGAGGAAACAAAUAAUGUGGAUAUUCAAGAAGAAGCUUUGGAUACUAAGGAAGAAAGACCAUCAUUUGAAAGCCACAAGAGUCCUGUUGUUCCUAGCAUGACAGUUCCUAUGGAAAACCAAGCAAAAGACAAUCAUACACUAUCUUUGAUCAAAAUUAAAACAUCAGAGUGUCAAUCUCACACGUAUCGUAUCCUUGAAGCUGCAGUGGCUCCAGUUUUGAAAGAGCUUAUAAACUUUGGCAUGAAGAAUUGGAGGUUUGCCACACUUAAUUCUGACGACACCAGAUUUUUUUUAAAACAACAAGAGAAAGUGAUCAGUGACACAUUGAAACAAGGGAUCACUGGUAGCAAAGAUGGAAAAUAUAUUUUGGUAUUCAAACAUGCUGCUAUUCUUCAUUUGCUGGUUAUGGCUCGUGAUCUUUUAUUAACCUGUAACUUGAAGACUGCAUUAGACUAUCUGUCCAAGGCAAAAGACAGUUAUAAAGAUUUCCAAGACUGUGGCCUGGAUAUUAUUUGGAAACAGCUGAAAAUUGUGGAGUUUGUUGUGCAGGAGCACAAAGUCAGUCCCAAAGUAACAGAAUUACAGCAUCAAAUUUCUAAGUGGGUACAGAAUAAUACAAAUGAUCAGAAUAAGGUAGUAAUUGUGAUUAGAAUGGAUUUUGAUGAAGAAACAGAAGUCCUAAUCAAUAACAUUAACACAGUGCAAGGCUUGAAGGCUAUAUAUUUGAAUUCUAAGAAAAGAGGAAUACUGUUUGAGAGCAAACAUAUAAUAAAUAGUUUGGACAUAUAUUCUUGUAUCAUUGUACAUAAUCAACAUAUUGGGCCUGAUUUCCCCUGGACUAAUUUUUCAUUAGUGAUAGAAUACAACUACACUGAAAAUUCCUGUUGGAUUGAUCUAUGCAAAAAAUUGAAUAUAUCUUACUUAAUUUUCCAAACAGCUCCCCCAGAAGCAAUUGAAACUGAAGAGUUUUUGCCACAUAAUUUUGGAUAUGUCCUCCUGAGGUUGCCAAUUCCUUAUGUUUUUCUGACAUCUGAAGGAUUUCUCAAUACCCCAGAAAUCCUUCAACUACUGGAAUCCAAGUACAAUAUUACAGUAAUUGAAAGAAACUGCUAUGAGGCCUUACAGUAUUUUGGAGGCACAGAACAUUAUGUUGUGAUGACUAUAGAUGAAUGCACAGCUAUUGUUAUGCAGAACAUAAAAGAACUCAAUUAUGAAAAAUCUUCUGAUAAUAUUGUGUUAAGACUGAUGGUGCUAUCACUCCAGUAUACCUCCUGUUGGAUUAUUUUAUACUCCAGAGAAAGAUUAAAUUCUAGAUAUAGCCUAACCGGAAAAACUCUGCAUCAUCUUGCUUUGAUUUAUGCAGCCUUGAUUCCUUUUGCACAGAAGUCAGAAGGCUUUGAAGUGAAGGUGGCUCUUACACCAGGAGUUGAAGAGGCAGCACUUUUGGUUCGCCAGAUAGCUGACCACGUCCUGCUAGCUUCUAAACAACACCCUCAGGAUCAGCUGAGCAAGUCAUGGCUUUCUGUCCUGCCAUCAGAGGCAGAGAAAUGCUUGCUUACUUUUCCAUGUAUGAAUCCACUAGUUGCUCAAGUCAUGCUAAAGAAAAGUUCUUCACUGGAAUGGCUCCUGGCAGCAUCUUUUGCUGAGCUUCGGGAACUUCUGCCUGAGGUGCCAGAAAAAGUUUUGGAGAAUUUUAGUGAUAUCACAUCAUUGUACAUCCUCAAGCCACUAACAAGGCUGGAAACACGAAAAGAAAUUAUGCCUCUUCAUGGAAACAUUAAUUCUGCCAUCUGCUCUUGUUCUCAACUUCCACUUCCUGAAGCUUCGUUCUCCAGAUUUCAAGGACAUAGUCCUUUUACUGAGCAUUCAGAAUGCUUCCAUGAAGAACAGAACAAAAACUAUUCCUCAGAUAUCUGCCAAAAUGUAUCCUGCGGUUCUCUGAAAUCAACUGGAGAACAUAAUGUAGUCAUACCUUCAAUACUGUAUGAAGGAGACAUCUGUCCCUUUCAGGAUAAUGUAGGGGAAGAGAGGCAACUUUAUCUCCCAUUUCUGAAAAAAGUGGAAACAGAAAGAAGAAUAAAUGUAUCACAUCUAACACUGAACAAUAUUGGAGGACCUGCCCAUAUCAAUAAUGAAACCAAAAUGCCAUUUUUGCACUGUACUCAGGACAUAAGUUCUUAUAUUGAGAAUUGUCCACAGACCAGAAUGACUGUUUCAGAAGUAGUCACAGGCCAACAGCUAGAGAUCUCUGAUUUCUUAAAGAAUCCUAUCUGUCAUGAGGCUAAAAAUGAACACUUGGGAAAAAAGCAACCUCUUGUACAACAACUGAAUUCUAUCCAGGAUUUCAAGCAUUCUUGUCACUUCAUUUCUAGGAGAAAAGAUGUUCCAUCCCAGCAAAGCUCAGGCAAUUUUUUAAAUAUAGGAGGAAAAACAAGUAGCAGUCCUGAAUUACAAUUUGAGGAAAGAUUUUGGGGUGACUCCCCAUUCAUACAAGCAAUGGAUUCAUCUCCCUAUGAUUCACAUGUAUGCAAAGCCAUAUCCAGUCCAGAUGGGUUUAUGAACUUGGGCGUUCAAUUUACUGGAGAAUAUACCAGGGGGAAAGGACCUAAUUCAUUAUCAGCUGAACAAAAACAAGAAGUUGUUUCAGGUUUAGAAUUCAUGCAAUUACCACAGCUUAAAAAAAGGCGUCUAACGUUCGAAAAAGAUCCUAGGAGACAUGAUGGCCAAACACGUCUCAAAUUUUUUUAAACGAAAUGGAGGCUAACACUUUAAGAAUCUUGUUAUAUGCCAUUCUCAAAAAGAAAAGUAGCAGAUUUAAUCUUCCUUUAUAGUAACUCAUUUUCAAUUUGUUUCAAUCUUAUAUGUAGUUGUUUUGAAAAAAUAAAUGUGGACUUUUUACCAUUUUAACAAUUGUAGGAUAAGUUAAGAGU